AUGGCGUCCAUCGACGACAAGUCCAAGCAGGCGACAAUGGGCCACAUGAACCGCGAGCACACCCUUGACCUCGGCCUCUAUCUGCGCUUCGUCAAUGGCCUCUCUGCCAAGCAGCUCGCUGCCGAGGGUGCGCCCGAGCUCGUCGACAUUGACUUGAAUGCCCUCUACAUUCGCACGGCCACCACCGGCACCGUCCACGUCGUACCCUUCACCCCACCCAUGACGUCCUGGGACGACCGCCGCCAGCGCAUCAUUGCCCUCGCCAUGGAUGCCCGCAAGGCCUUUGGCGUGCCUCUCCCAGAGCAUAACGCGCGGCCUUCUUCUGCAUCUACUGCGUCUUCAUCGUCUUCGUCACCAACUGGCUCCCCUGCCACCACCACGAAAGAGCCCGUCACUUUCAAACUACCAGGUGCUUUCCAAUUCCUCGUCAUGUUUGGCGUCGUCCUCUACUUUGUCCUCUGCGGCCUUAUGUAUACUGGCCGCGACGAAACCGCCUCCAACACCUGGGCCCGCGUCCUCGGCGCGGUCGGCGUCACCGAGCGCAACUUCAUCUUUGGCGGCGCCGACGGCUUCCGCCUCAUGCUGCACCUGACCGCCGUACCCAUCCUGGCCAUUCAUAUCGCCGAGGCCUGGUGGAUGACCCGCACACGUCUCGCGCCCCGCGGCAUGACAGUGCUGUCGCAAGACGGAUUGCUUUGGACGGGCCUGACCUUUCUGAUCGGCUUCGGCUCGUUCUUGCACUUCGACCGCCUGGCGCGGCAGCAGGCGCGUGCGGCCGCAGGUGUCUCGAAGCAGAUAUACAUCAGCCAACCGACUGCCGCCAGCAGCAGUGCCGACUCCAGCAGCGACGACUGGCGGCCCAGCAAGGCCGCUGCACCACCGUUCUUCUUGGGUGCAUUGGAUUCCGUCGAGUUGCUCGCCACCGUAGCAUUCACGGCCGCCGCAAUGUUGGACGCCGUGGCCGCGUCGAGGCGUGCCGCGCACGGGUUCGGCGUGGGCCGCAGCGCCGGCAGCACUGCGCAUGCCGGUGCCGUUCGGUUUUCGGUGCCAUUCUUACCGUGCUUGCCGUGCUUGCCAUGCCCGCUGCUGCUUUCAAUCGUCGACACGUUCUGCACGGCUGUCACGUUGUACGUCACAGCCUCGUUGCUGCUAGCCGAGCACAAAUCGUUGCUGGCGGCGUCCGCGGCAGCCGCGGCCACGAGGUCGGGCGGGGCUGCGUUUGUGUUGGUCGAGAACGAAACGAUGCCGGCAUCGGUGGCGCUGUCGUUGUCGCCGCCGUCGUCCUCCGCGCCGGGGGUCGACGAGCAGUUGCUCGCCAGAAUGGCCCAGCUGAUGGUCCAGUCCGUCGCCGUCAACGUUGACGGCGCAUUGGGCGCAAACGCCGCGGCGUGGCUGGCGUUGCUGGCGUCCAGUGCAGCCAGGUGCUCGAGGUGGAAAAGCCCGCGCGACGAGUUGUGCAACAACACCUCGAUGAACAGGUCGAGGGACGCUGCGGCCGGCGCAUUUUGCACGGCAAACACGACAGGGAACUUGGGUCCGGGAUGGAACGUGGAGCCGUUGCGGGGAAAGACAAGGUCAAUUUCGACGGUGGCCGGGAAUGUAGGGUCAGCGGCAGCCGGCGUGGCGAACUGCAGCAUGGCGACACCCGCCAUGACCGACGAGACCAGCAUGCUUAUGGAGCGCAUUGGGAAAGCUUAG